AUGUCUGGAUCAAUCUGCCUGCGGUGCCUGGCCAGGCCAGCAGUAGGCACACUAGAGCAAAGCUCGCUACGAAUCACAGCACAAGCGACAGCAGCAUUUUCGACCAGCGCCGCUCUGGAAGCCAACUCUGCCGUCAAGAAGAAGAGCGUCUCCGUCGCCAAACCCGGCCGUGGAGCCAACGCUUCAUUCAGCAAGCAAGGGAAACUCAGAAAGGGACAAGCUGGAGGAAGAACGGGCAAACCACCGGGAGAGGGCGAGCGCAAGGCUAUGCGCAAGAGAGUUGUCCUGUCCAACACCAACGCCGUCGAGGUUCAGGGUCUAGACAACUUUUCUGCCGCCAACAUCCACGAUGCUGCUAUUGAGGGUCAGGUCCUGGGCCUUAGCAACGAAGUCAUUGAUGCUCUGCGCGCAACUGAAGCCUUCAAGCCUACCCAAGGAUGGAGCCUUUUCCGAAGACCGGCGACUCUGGUACGCAAAGAGACAGCCGAACUUGCCAGAUUGAUGCAGGAGGUUGAGGCAAACAAGACUUCUGUGCGUCGUGUCAUAUACGGAGAGCGUGGCUCAGGNAAGAGUGUUUUGGCCCUGCAGGCCAAGGCCAUGGCUCUGCUCAAGGGCUGGAUCGUUGUACACAUCCCCGAGGAAUUGAUCCUCGGAAACUCGUCCUACGCACCUUCGAACGAACCCGGCAUCUUCAACCAACCUCACUUCACAGCAGCCCUGCUGGGCCAAAUCGCCAAAGCCAACCACACAGUCCUGUCCAAGCUGCGCCUGUCACGAAAGCACGAGCUGUCCAUUCCUGUCCAGUCAAACAUCUCUCUCGACCGCUUCGCCAUGAUGGGCGCCCAAGACCCAGAAAUCGCCUGCGAGAUCUACAACGCAUUGUGGGCUGAAUUGACCGCUCCCUCGCANAAAGGUGAAGGUUUUUCCCGUCCCCCUGUCGUCUUCACCAUCGACUCUGUCGCCCAUAUUAUGCGCGACUCAGCAUACAUGAACCCAGACGUCCAGCCCAUCCAUGCUCACGACCUGGCCAUUGUAAACCACUUCUUCAAACUGCUGUCGGGCAAGCAGACCCUGCCCAAUGGCGGCAUGAUCUUCGCCGCCGACUCUGGCAGCAACAGACCCUCAAUUUCUGGCUUCGACCAUGCCGUGGCUCGCAACGCCGCCCUCGCACAGAAGAAAGAAGCUCCCCAAUGGGACCCCUGGGUCAAGGUCGACCAGCGAAGCAUUGACGUCUUGAACGGCGUCGAUGUCUGGCAGAUCAAGGGUUUGAGCAGAGAAGAGGCCCGCAGCAUCAUGGAAUACUAUGCCAAGAGCGGUAUGUUGCGUCAAACCGUCAAUGACAACUUGGUCGCAGAGAAGUGGACACUGAGUGGCGGUGGUAUCAUUGGUGAGCUCGAGAAGGGGACUGUCAAGACCCGCAUCUAA